AACACGCUGAUGCGACGGGGGAAUUUCCAACGGUCGCAUCAAUCAACAUCUUUGCGACCUCAGCAGAUUGUCAGGAAUCCAUCCGUCAAAACACCACCCACCACGGGCCCUGCAUCAGAUUCGUGCGAUUUUCUAUCAAGCGCUGGCCUAGUGCGAUUGGACACAUCCCAUAAUGAGCCUGCACGCGACGGCCGGGGAUGGCGCGGCUGUGGGCUCGAGCGAGCCGCGGCAGAAGGGGCGGGCGACGGCGGACACGCUGCUGGUCGGGUGUAUCGCGUGGGUGGAGAAGGAGGGCCAGCCGCGGCGGGCAGAGAUCCUGAGCAUCAAGGAGACCAAAAGCGGGCGGCAGUUCUACUGCAACUUCGACAACUUCAACAAGCGCCUGGACGAGUGGGUCCCGCUCGCCCGCAUCGACCUCGCCCGCGACGUCGAGUGGCCCAACCCGGACAAGGACAAGCCCAAGGACAGCAAGGUCUCCAAGAAGGGCGCCUCCUCCGGCCAGCCCUCCAAGAAGAACCAGCCGCUUAAGCGCGGCCAGAAGCGGCCCAUCGGCAAGCGCGAGCAGUCGGUCGUGUCAGAGGCCGGCACUCCCACCACCGCCCACCCCUGGUCCGACUUUGUCGAGUCCCAGGGCCAGCUGAAGACGCCCCUUGCCGAGACCCCCGUGGCCGCCACUCCGGGCGACGACGCGGGCGAUGACCGGCUGAUCCCCGCCGGCCAGCCCGCGUCGGCCGCCGUCGCCGUCGUCACGCCCGGCGGUGUCAGCGACGACAUGGACACCACGGCCGUCGGCGACGACGACAAGGCCGGCGGCGGCGGCAAGGCGGACGGCCACCCGUCCUUCAGCCGCGAGGAGGAGAUCGAGAAGCUGCGCACGUCCGGGUCCAUGACGCAGAACCCGACCGAGGUCUCGCGCAUCCGCAACAUCUCCAAGAUCCAGUUUGGCAAGUUCGACUUGUAUCCCUGGUACUUCUCGCCCUACCCUGAGGCCUUCUCGAUGGAGGACGUCAUCUUCAUCUGCGAGUUCUGCCUGUGCUACUACGGCGACCCCAAGUCGUUCGCGCGCCACCGCCGCAAGUGCACGCUGCAGCACCCGCCGGGCAACGAGAUCUACCGCGACGAGCACGUGUCCUUCUUCGAGAUCGACGGCCGCCGCCAGCGCACGUGGUGCCGCAACUUGUGCCUGCUGUCCAAGAUGUUCCUCGACCACAAGACGCUCUACUACGACGUCGACCCCUUCCUCUUCUACGUCAUGACCACCAAGGACGAUAAGGGCGACCACCUGGUUGGCUAUUUCUCAAAGGAGAAGGAGAGCGCCGACGGCUACAACGUGGCCUGCAUCCUGACGCUACCCCAGUACCAGCGCAAGGGCUUCGGCCGCCUGCUGAUCCAGUUCUCGUACGAGCUCUCCAAGAUCGAGGGCAAGCUGGGCUCGCCCGAGAAGCCGCUGUCGGACCUAGGCCUGCUGAGCUACCGCCAGUACUGGUCCGAGAUGAUCAUGGACCUGCUCAUCAGCUACCACGAGCGCGACGAGCGCUGCAGCAUCGAGUCCGUCGCCGCCCAGCUGUCCAUGACCACGCAGGACGUCGAGCACACGCUCCAGGCCCUGCGCAUGCAGGCCUACCACAAGGGUGAGCACAAGAUCGUCGUGCCCGAGAAGCUGCUCGAGAUGCGCGAGAAGUCAAAGACCAAGCAGAAGAGGGUCAUCGACCCGGACCGCAUCCAGUGGAAGCCGCCCGUCUUCACCGCGGCCUCGCGGACCUGGGGCUGGUGAGCCAGGAACGCUUGGCAUGUGCACGAGAUUUGCAAUGGUGGUCUGAAGGGUUGCGCUGCUUCACUUGAAACCCCGACCAUUUCAGCUGUAUAUAUUCACAUAUUCACCGCGCUCGCUAUGAAACCACCCCACACCCCCCGUCCUUGUCAGGGCGCAAAACCCAUAGAUACCCUAUUUAUCAAGCAGAUCUUUUAUACAAAUCCAAACGCCUGCUGCACCUCCUCUGCCUCCUCCGCCGUCGGCGGCCGAUCCCGCAACCCCCGCAGCACCCUCGCCAGCCUCUCGACGCCCUCCACCAGCCGCUCCUCGUCCUCCCACGAGUAACACAGUCUGAGGUUGUGAGGGAACCGGACCCUGGCGCCGUCUUCGCCGUCGGCGGCCCGGCCGCUGCCGUCGUCGCCCUUGACCUGGAACAUGUCGCCCGCGGCCACCACCAGGUUCUCGUCCGUGAGCGCCCGCCUGGCCACGAUGGGCGCCGAGACCGGUUCGGGCAGGGUCAGCCAGACAAAGUACCCGCCGUAGGUGGACCGCGGUUCCUCGAAGCGGACGCCGAGCGGGGCGAGCUCCGCCCGCAGCGCGCCGAGGAGCACGCCGUGCCGCCGCUGCAGGUCCGGGCGCACGACGCCGUCGACAUGGGCGGCCAGGGCGCCGGUGCGGAUCAUGUCCCACUACAACUUGUGUUUAGUUCGACUUUGUAUCGGCAUGUACAAGAAAAAAAGAAAGAAAAAACUCACAAUCAUAACCGCGGCAAGCUGGCUCCCCGCCCCGCCGCUCCUAUUUGCGCCCGUGUGCGCCAGCCCGGUGAUG